UUUUUUAGAGGUUAUGGUGAAACUUUGUUGAUGCACUCUGCAUCAGAUCUGUUGACAUUUUGUAGUGUUUCCAAUUUUGCAAUUUUACAUGUUUUUUACGAAUUUAAACAAUGCUAAAAGUAUUUCCAAAUCAUUCUUUGUUAUCUGGUAAAUUUGUUUCCAAAGCAUAAACCUACAAAUGGAUACAGUGACCUCUGUGGCCUUGCUACCUCUGCGACUAGGGGCCAUAAUCAAGGGCGGCGAUGUCCUUGGCGCCGUGGGGUCGAAUGUGGCCACCGUAUUCCGAGGCCCGAUCUCCUUCCUGCUGCGCCUGGCGUGGGAGUCCCGCAUCCGCCUACCCGUCCUCAUCACGGUCGCCUUCAUGGUGCUCGAUGUGAGGAUGCAACUAGAGAUUAAUGUCAACCUCGCCGUGCGGAGGAUUCCGAUGAUAGUUGUCGAGCCUGAUAUAUCCGAUGUGGAUAGUGAUGAGGAAGAUGACUCGGAUGUAGAAGAUGAUGAGGGAGAAGAUGAAAGCAGUGAAUGCUCUUAUCCGACAGACGGCACCGCAUCAGAUCCGUUGGAGAGUGAUGAUAACAGCUGCACCAGUCUGGAGCUGGACACCAAGACGAAAGAUUCAGUCGUUACGGCUGAAACUAAGCAGACUGUUGAGGGAAAAGAUCCAGCCGUUGCAGCAGAAGCCAAGCAGACUGUUGAGGGAAAAGAUCCAGCCGUUGCAGCAGAAACUAAGCAGGCUGGUGAGAUAAAAUAUUCAGUUGUUACAGCUGAAACUAAGCCGGCUGACGAGAUAAAAGAUACAGUCGUUACAGCAGAAACUAAGCAGGCUGUUCUGGGAAUAGAUUCAGAUGUUACAGCAGAAACUAAGCAGGCUGUUGUGGGAAAAGAUACAGAUGUUACAGCAGAAACUAAGCAGGCUGACGAGACACAAGAUUCAGCCGUUACGACAGAAAAGACUGAAAGCACUGCCGAUCAUAACCAGUCUUCGUCUAAAAGUAGCUAGCAUAGAAAAACUAAAUCAACUGAUCCCGUCUUCUAUUAUUUCUCUUGAGUUGAAAUCUAUUUAUUUCUGAUAAUUCAUAUUUUUCGGUCACAUGAAAACGUUUGUUUUUCCUAAAAACACACUGCACACAGGGACAAUAGUAGCUUCCACUAGCUAUUGCGGGAACACGGAGUUGGAAAUUCCAUGUACAUCUGAGUAUCGGACAUUCCCAAUUCCGCGUUCCCCGAUACCUACAGUCAACUACACAAAUUUAGCCCGAGGAAAAUUGAAACAGAUGAGUGCAACGUUGCCAAAUAAGAGUUGAUCAACGUUGCCACAGAUCAUUAUAAAUUAAUGAGAAUCGAUUAAUAAUUGUAUAAUAUACCUGACGAAUUGGCAACGUCUAUGGGUGUGGUUGGAAGGGGGGGGGGCUCAGGAGUACUCCUCUUGAUAUAAUACUCAUAUAUUCUAAUUUCUAUUGGACUAUUUUCGUGUGGUUUACUCUAGUGGAAGCCACUAUCAUCCAUGUAUGCUGGCUGCUAAAUUGAUUCGUGUUUAUCGCCAUUUCUCUUUCAAAUUGGUUGAAUAAUGUUCUACUCUCUUUAAGUAAAAAUUCUUGCUUAUAAUUCAAAUUCUAGUCUAGCUCUUUCUAUCAAUAUUGUUUCUCGUUUGUUUAUUUAUGUGUCAACUGGUAGAAUAAUAUUCUUAUCAGGCCCGGUAUCUAGGACACUUAUCAAAUGGUUUAUUAAACGUAAUACAGAUUCAAUGGUCAAUUAUAUUUAAUAAGUAUCCUAGAAACCGGGCCUUAUAACUUGAAUUCAGAUGUUAAUAAAUGUGCUGCCCACUUCUUGUCGUUUCAAUGUGUCUCGGUUAAUAAUUUUCAUGUAGACUGUUUGAAUGAUGUUUUUCAUAGACUUCCAACAUUAAUUCAAAUUCUAAUAAAUGUGCAGCCUGAUUCUUGUCUUGAUUUUAAUUUUUAUGUAAACUGUAUUAAUUAUAUUUCUCAUAGACUUCUAACGGAAAUUCAGUGUUGAAUAAAUGUAUAAUAAUAUUCUUAUCUUACUCUUUGUUCAUUAUUAAUUUCUGGUUAGAUAAUAAAUUUAUUGUAACUUUUAACAUGAAUGUAGAUUUUAAGCUUAGUGUUUUUCUGUUUUAUUGUGUAUUUCCGUAAUUUUUCAUGUUAAACCGCUGGUUUUAUCAGCCCCAGUUUGUAUAAAGUGUAAUUAUUAAUUAUUGUGAUAUGACAAUUCUAUCUAAAAGUCUUGUAAAGUUCUAUUCAGAUCAACAUAUAUUGAUAUAUGGUUGAAACUUGGAAUGGAGCUAUUGUGACAGUCGCAUAAGGCUCAGAACUGUAAAAGAGAUAAGAUUUGAGGAAUUGGAAACAAAAGAAAAGUUGAGAACAAAAGAAUCUGAGAAGAAUAAGUGAAUAAUAUGAAGAUUUAAACAAUAAUUUGGUCUUAAAUUUUUAAGAGUACAGUUUUGCUGCUUUCUCGUAAUAUUUCAAAUUUGUAAUUCAUAUAAUGCUAAAAAAAUAACUCGAACUUUCCCAUGUGAAAAAUGAGUGUUGCUAUGAAUAUUAUAAAAAUAUACUAAUUCAUUUGUUUUAAAAAUAUUUCUGAAUAUAUAUUUAUACAUCUGUAAUAAUUCUCUUUUUUAUUGGAUGUUACUGAUAUAAUAUCCAAGACACAAUGAGCUUGAAUAUGUCUUGAUGUAGAUAUUUUGCGAGAUUAUAAAUUGAUAGUUUUAAUACUUUA